UCAUUUUUUUUCCAGCUUUCAAACAGGAUUAGACCCAACAGACAACAUCAGACUUAUCAAGCAGACUUUUUGAGCCUCUGGUUUAAAACAUUUCCUAGAUUAAAAUUGGAUUUCAACUUCUCAAGUUGGAUUUACAUCCUUUCAGGAUCUGCUUCUUGUUUUUCUUUUUUUUUUUCUCGCAGCUUAUUUGUAACUUUUCACCUCAUUUAAUUUGGGUGUUUUUCACCCCCUGACUGUGUUUUUUCUACUACUUGCCAGGUUCAAUGGCACUUGGAGUGCUAAAUACGCAAGUGAAAAGCUCCCUAAGUGGGAGUGCAUUUUUGGACCGCGGUUCUAUAGAGGAGCAGGAACCUCCACCUCCACUCCGCAGCUACCUUUGUUUGACUAUUUUCGCUUGUUUUUGUCCUGCAUACCCCGUCAACAUUGUGGCUCUGGUUUUCUCUCUCAUGUCUAGAAACAGCUAUUUCCAUGGCGACUAUGAUGGCUCCAAGCGGCUGGGCAGGAACGCUCUCUACGUUUCCGUAGCCUCCAUCAUCAUCGGCCUCCUCAUCAUCGCCAUCACCUGCAUCGUUCAUUUUACCACGAUGGAUUUUUAGAAAGCACACGCGUAGAAGAGAAAUAAGACACUUUAAUAGAAACCUCUGGACUGACUGAGCUUCACGACAUCCGCCAGCGAAAGGAUUCUGAUUCGACUCGUGUUUACUUCAAUCUGUACGUCACUCACUCUCAUGGUUCCUGUUUUUCAUAUGGACAAUCAGUGACUGUAAAAUCUGGUGAGUUUAAUGCAUUUCAGUAACUAAUGUCACCGAUGCUUUGGAUCAAAAUGGCAGCUUUCUACAAAGUUUGUAGGGAAUCCAGCUUGUAUAGGCAGCUUUUGGUCAGGCUGUGACCCUGAUGAGGAAACUGUCACUGUUGCUUUUAGCAUAAUGUAAUGCAAGAGUCAUAAUGAUAAGCUGUGAUCAGAAAACCAACUUUAUCUGUAACGUAACAAAUCUUGUGCUCCAUUAAUGAUAUUUCAAACUAAAAAAAAAAGCAACAACCACUUUUAUUUUUCCUAAUGUGCUGAUGUUUUCAAGAUUCACUAAUUAUAUUUUGGAAUGAUGCUGAAUUUUUGUGCCACAACAUUCAGUCUUAUCAUAGUGAGUCUGUGGCUGGUAGCAAUAAUAAAAUAAGUUGUAUGUACAGAAUGACUUGUUUAUUUUCCUCAUCUGUAAGAGAGAAGCUGAGUUUUCAUUUUCUGUAAUCUAAAUUCUUCUUCUUAUUUAACUUCUAUUAGAUAAUUCCCUUCUGUACAUCAAGCUUGUGUCCAAAAAAUACUGCAUAGCAAACCUGUCUUUGAUUCAUGUUGUCCUAUCAUUCCUGUUUACUUAAUGCCAAGAGUACUGCUCAGCAUAUCAAAACAGUUCUAUUGCAGUCUCCUGUGGCUCAAAAUCAAACUUCGUAAAAGUGAAGCUGUGUAGUCUUUAUCGGAAGAAACAACACAUUUAUCCUCUUUAAGAAGAAAAGGUAAAUUCUUCUUCUUGCAUGUGUUCUUCAGUUUAAUACAGUCAACAGUUCUGCUGCCAGAACCCUAUUUGUUCUGCUUAUACACAUAGUGAAUAAUGUCAAAUGGUAUCCCUUCGAUCCCUUCAUUGUCACUUGUGACUGUAAAAAAUCUAUGAAAGGCUACAUGAAUGAGUUUUCGCUGUUUGGCACAGACAUAUAACAGAAAACCAGUUGGAAAACCACAAGCCUGAGGUUUGAAAGAUGCUGUCAUUUAUCAGACAUCAUGGGUCGAAUGAAAGAUGCUUCUUAGCUGCAUUAUGGGAAAUAAAGUCUCCAGUGUUUUUGGAGCAUGACCCACACUUAUGAUUGAAAGUCUGAAAAAAAGUCUCAAUUUUGACCUUUCAAAUCUGUUUCCUGUGAGUCUCCUGACUACGAGACAAAUCCUGUUCAUUCUUUUUAACAUAGAGAAAUAAGCAUUUGUAGUUCCAACACAUGGCCUCUCCUAAACAGAUCAUGAAACAACUAUGUACUGUGUUGGAAAUGAUAAUGUUCAGAUGGAGAGUGGGGUCAGAGGUCAGAAAUCAUAAGUCAGUAGAGAGCUGCACAUCCACAACGCGUGGAGUUAAAGAGGUUGUUGAUGCUGCUUGUGGAACGUUGUCCUUUAGACGUGAUUUCUUAGACGACAAAAGAUGGAGCUGGAGACAUUCAUGACUCCAGACCUGACUGACGUGUCGGCAUCAGGCAGGUCAACAGCCUGCUCUCGUCUUUUCUUUUCAUCUGUGGCAUCGUGUCGUUUGAAUAAAGCUGCAUUUUAAGGUGGUCUGUUGAAAAGAG